GCAGAGCGGAACCGGUUCCAGGAUGUUCUGCCCUAUGACGAUACUCGGGUGGAAUUGAUCCCAACUAAAGAAAAUAACACCGGGUAUAUCAAUGCCUCCCAUGUAAAGGUGACUGUUGGCGGCGUGGAGUGGGAUUACAUCGCCACACAAGGACCUCUGCAGAAUACGUGUCAAGAAUUCUGGCAGAUGGUCUGGGAGCAGGGGGUAGCCAUCAUCGCCAUGGUAACGCUGGAAGAGGAGGGAGGCCGAGAGAAGAGUUACCGAUAUUGGCCAAGGCUUGGUUCAAGGCACAACACUGUCACCUACGGGAGGUUCAAGAUCACCACCCGCUUCCGCACCGACUCCGGCUGUUAUGCCACCACUGGCCUGAAGAUAAAGCACCUGCUGACCGGGCAAGAGAGGACAGUGUGGCACCUCCAGUACACAGACUGGCCUGAACACGGACACCCCGAGGAUCUG